AUGACCGGCCUUCGCUCGCAGCGCACUUGGUGGGAGGGCCCCGCUUGGCUCGCCGAGGACGUCGACUCGUGGCCCCUAGACCGGCUCCCCGCACCGAACCAGCAUUCAUCAAUCUGCUGCGUAGUGCAGCAGCUCGACGCCAGCUACCUCGAGCAAUUCUCCAACUUACGCAUGCUACUAAGCUUCCUCGUACGCAUUCGUCGAUUCGUCCGGAGCCGCUUGGGCAGGGGCCCCGUGCUUUCGGUCGCUUCACCUCUUACGCCGACCAAACUCCAUGACGCUUUUCUCGCGUGUGUAUGCCUCAGCCAGGCGAGAUUAUUCUCGGCCGACCUCCAGUGUCUUCGACGGGGCGAACGUCUGCGGAAGACGAACCUCUUGGUACCGUUAGCAGCCUUCCUCGAUGACGACGGGAUUCUGCGCGUCGGCGGGCGGCUCGAGCAUUCGCCGCUGACUUAUGAGGAGCGGCACCCGCUGAUCCUCAGCGGCGCCUCUUCCCUCGCUUCCAUGGUCAUCGCCUGGGCACACUCUCGGGCGCUGCACGGUGGAUACCGUGUCACCACUGCCUACGUCUGUAAGCGCGCUUGGCUCCUCAGUGGGCCCCGGCGGAUCAAGGCUCACUUCCGCAGGUGCGUCGUCUGCAUCCGGCUGCGAGCGCGACUGGCGACUCAACUCAUGGCCCCACUGCCGUCGUCCCGAGUCUCUUCUUCUCGUGCCUUUGCCUGCACCGGAGUGGACUACGCCGGCCCUUUCCAUGUACUCUCCGCCAGAGGACGAGGAGUCCGGACCACGAAAGGCUACAUCGCCGUUUUUGUGAGCCUCGCCACCAAGGCCCUGCACCUGGAGCUAGUCGGCGAUCUCUCAGCUGCGUCCUUCUUGGGCACCCUCCACCGGUUCGCUGGACGCCGCGGUCGGCCCGGCGUGAUAUGGAGCGACAACGCGACUUGCUUCCGCCGCGCUGAUGUCGAGCUGCGCGAUGCUUUGCUGACAGCCGAGCUGGACUGGGGAUUGGUCGCUGGCUCUCUCGCCGAUCAAGGAAUUGCUUGGAAGUUCAUUCCACCGGGUGCUCCUCACUUCGGUGGCUUGUGGGAGGCCACCGUCAAGUCAACCAAAAGUCACCUCCGGUGCGUCAUGGGGUCACGCCAUCUCACCUACGAGGAAUUCUCCACGGUGCUCGUUGGCAUCGAGAUGGUCUUAAAUAGCCGACCACUGACACCGCUAUCUGGAGACACUGGAGACCUCGAUGUUCUCACCCCAGGGCAUUUCCUCGUCAGUGGCCCUCUCAACUCCAUCGUUCUGCCCGGCCCCCUGCGGAGAGCUUGGAUGCGCUCGCCCACUGGGAGCUCGUUCGGGGGGUCCGCGCCCAGAUUUGGUCCCGCUGGAGCCGAGAAUACCUCAACACACUCCAACAGCGGUCAAAAUGGACUACUACUCGCCGGAACUUCAUCGUCGGCGAUGUGGUCGUCCUCCUUGACGCUACACUUCUGCAGUCCAGCGGUCAAUGGCCGAUCGGCCAUGUCAUCAGCGUCCACCCGGGAGCCGACAGCUAUAGUUCAGAAAUUUUAUUACAUUCAAGUGCUUGCUAUUUACAAUAAUGACAGUUUUUAUACGAUUCUGAAACACACUAUCAAGUUCUUUCCACACCACAGCAGCAUCAUCGUCAUUAUGGCUUGA